AGUGAUUACCCUUGAGAAAAUCCUCGAUUUCUGCUUUAACCUCUCAAAGAACGCAAAACUUAAACUACCAACACCACUUGGUCAAAGAAUUCAGAACCACCCUCAUAACAGCUGUACAGCUUUAAAACUUGCUUUCAUCUUUCGGCUCAAAUCCACUAAAGAUGAACGUUCUCAACCUUUUGAAGUCUCGUCAACCUGAGUUCUCUGCCCCGAGCUGGGACAAGGACUCUUGGAGCGCUCGGUUUUGCGGAACGGAAGACUCGGUCCAGCUGUUGCCGGAACAGGAAAACUUAUUCGAGCCGAAAACUUUUGCGGACUACUUCAAGUGGCAGUCUGUUGUGGAUGCGUGCAUAGCCCGGCCGGGGAAGGAGGACAAAUGCUUUUUCCACGCAGAAGGCGAUGCAAAGACCGUCGAAAGCAGCAGCAUUUAUUUCCAGAACAAAACGCAGCGGAAAUACGUUUCAACUACAGAAACCCCCUCUCCCGCGAGCACCAGCGCACCCAGUAGCGACUGCGAGGACGAGAUUGUUUCGAAUGUUGGGAUCUUCCGCAGCUCUCCGCACCAGGUUGUUUCCGAGGUUGAUUCCCAGGCCGAUGCUGCUGCUGCUAUUUUUCCUGAUUCGACGACUUACGGAAACGACGAGAAAGAUGUUGCUUUCGAAUACGAGCACGAUUCCAUUGCUGACGAAAUCGAGUACGACGACAGUGUCACGGUCAUUGCCACGCGCGGACCCGAUGAAGACUUCGGAAUCUACAAUGCGUGGGGAAGCGAGCAGAUCGGGGCAGAGCAGCCGGAUUGUACAAGCUAUUCCCACCAGCAAACUGAUUCCCAUCUUCACCAGAAUGCCCUCGUUUCAUCUGCGGUCACCACGGAAUUCGAAGAUGACAUCGCUAUCGGGGAUGUCGCUGGUCCUGCUAGUACAACCAAAGACGAAGCAGUGGUGGAGGAAGCUCCGAAAAGAGUGCUAGCGGAGAAGGGCCAAUUGCUGAUCGCGUCUGCCGCUGAGUCUGCGCCGAAAAGGGACAAGUUCAACCUCAUCAAUCUGAGUCUCGGGCAGUUUGUUCAAGCCGUUCGUGUUGGGAAGAACGUCGCGACAGGAAAGGACCCCUACAUGCUGGGAAACACCCUCAUCAAGCGGUCAAAGCGGGGUCAUGAUCUGCCUCAGGUAUACUAUAACUGCUAUACUUUUUUUUGCCGCUUGUUUGUUUCCUCUGUUGCAAUUGGAUCGUUUAAGGCUCCAAAGGAUGAAUAUCAUGAUGUAUUUGAUAAAAAACUCAAAAAUACAGGUGCUUAACCUCGAUCGCUGCGACGCUUUACAAAAGAACAUCGCGGUCACUUUCCAAGAAUGCGCAGCACCGGCACCGAUGGUUUUCUCAAAGUUGCAGCUCGUGGCGCUGGCGCACUACUUCAAUUACCGGAAGAACCACGUCGGCGAGUUCCCUGCUACGGCAAGAAUGAUGCACGCGGAAAACCAUUCGACUGGUGUGGAAACCAGAACUCUUUCCCUUCUGCAGGUGGCCUCGAAUCGAAUUUCUGAUGAGCAUUGCUGGAUGCCAUUGCUUUUGCUAGUGCCCACCACGCUCACAAGCACGACUGCGCUGGCACUGAUUUUCCGUGCACCUGGAACAACACACAAGUAUUUUCCGACCCGCCUACCCCUACCUGAUGCUUUUUCUGUUUUGAUUUCGUCCCCAACAUUCCGAGUUCACACGCGGCAGGAAGGCAGCGCAACGCCAUUUUUUGCACAAGAUUUUAUCAAGACAGCCGUGGCAGGGUUGAACCUCCUACUCCGGUUUUUGCUCAUUUCGUUUUGUAAAAUUUUCUUGACAACGUAUUUGCUUUUCUCGAGUAACACUUUCAACCUCUAGGAAGUGCUCAUGCAGGGUUUUUUUUGUUGCUGGCUUUCCACAUGUCUUUUUUUUGUUUCUUCAUCCAUGUUUUCACUAGUUUGAUCUCGAUGUCUGAUGUGAUUGCAUUUAAAAACAAGUAAAAAGUAGCAUGUGCUAGUAGCACAUGCUGCUCAGUUUUGCGGCAACAUUCACUAAGAUCUUGCAGUUUCGAAUUCUCCUUAGGGAACGUGAAUGCAAUGGUCUUUACCUAAGGCGCACUUGCACGAAUGACGUGGCAUUCUUUGCACAAUAAGUACUUGAGUUUUCCGUAUCAGAUAUUUCCGGGUAAAAACAACUGUGACGUGACUGCUUGGUUGCGAAUUCUUGUCCUUUUGUUCAUGCCAGUCGUUGUUGUGCGAUGGCGUGUGCGAAGAUAGUGACAUUUGAUGUGGUAUUUUGCUCUUGUCGAUAAACCGUAUCGAUGAAGUAAUCUGAUUUCGGUCUGCUAGUACCACCCACACUCUAAGUCCUGCGCGCUCUCGAUUAGUUACCACACUGAAUUCAUGAGACCUAGUCGACCUACAUGCACAUUUGAUCACGACACUGCUGUGCAACCAUGGACGCAGAGCGGGCUCAAAUAGACCGCAAGAAGCGGGAUCUCUGUAGCACCCUGAGUGGGUGCAAGUGGUUCGACCCGCGACACAUCUUGACGUACAGAGCCACAGCACUAACUCUUACGAAAAGACAAAAGACUGCGCUGCUGGAGUUGCAGCGCAUUGAGCUCGAACUAACACGAGAACAGCGAAAGGGUAGCACGUGUGC